UCCUUCAGCAAUUCAUUCUCAUCAUCUCACUAAUUUUCCAAACACAAAUUAAACUCUUGCAACCUUUAAUUUUCCUACCAUAAUUAACAAAACCAAUCAAAAAAUGGGAGCUAGCUCAAGAAGUGCGCAUAGUAAGAGAACAUGCCUAAUCAUAGCAACCAUUAUGAUUGUCGCUACAUUAUCAGCUCAUGAAGCACAAGCCAUAAAGUGUCCAGAUGUGCUGAAAAUGGUAAUGCCAUGCUUGAGUUACUUAAAGAAAGGCGGGGCGAUCCCGGCUGCGUGUUGUGCCGGAGUUGCGAAUCUGGCCAAGACUGCUAAGACGAAACCUGAUCGAGAACAAGCCUGUGUGUGCAUCAAACCUGUGGCUAAGUCUUACAGCAUCAACUAUGAUCUUGCUAACAAGCUUCCUGCUGCUUGUGGUGUUGACUACAAGAUCAACAUUACUCCUAAUAUAGACUGCUCUAAGGUGAAGUACUGAUGUAGAUGAAAAUGAUGGAUCAACAGCAGGACAAAACUUGAUGAAAUAGUUAAUGAGCAAUAUUAUUGUGUGAGAUAAAGUAUGAUUUCAAUGGAAUAAUUAGCAAACGGGCCAAUUGUUUGGUUCCUUUUAUAUCAGUUUUUAAUAUUAUACAGAUUAUACAUAAAUUAGUGGAAAAGGACCAUUGACUUAAGUGGCCUAUUAGACCCUUGUAAUAAUGAAUAAAAAUGUAAUAGUGCUUGAGUAUACGGUGAAUAUAUGAAUAUAGGAUGAAUAUAUGGAUAUACUUGUAUAAAUUAUAUAUUACGCACGGAGACUAAUAAAUUAGGUUAUGGA